UUUAGUUUGAGCUUGUUUAAGGUAAGUGUUUAACCCCACAGCUUAUCAAAAUGCUCGAUAGUGAACUACUGUGUCCAAUGGGAAGAGGUGUAUUCCAAGACAGGGAGACCAUGUAUACUGGGCGGUUCUGUUGCUAAGAAGACAGGUAUAUAAGAGGGGCCCACGCCCAACGUUGAGAGGCCGACAACAAGGGUAAUCGGAGCUAAAAGUGAAAAUGAACUUCUUGGUACUAACAACGAUUAUUACCUUGCAAACCUUUGUGACAGCACAAGGAGCAGAAAAACUUUUGAAUGAAGCCUGUGACAGUACAGAUACCUGUGUUGACAUCUCGGGGACAAAUAUAGAGCUGACCUGUGAUGUUAUUGCUAAAAGAUGCUUAAUUAAGGUCGGAAAAACUUGUGAUGGGACACAGAAUUUGUGCGUGAACGGUGCCUUUUGUCAAGGUAGUCCUAAAGUAUGCUCUUGUGGUACAGAUUACACCGCUGCAAGUGGUCUCUGUGGGCCAACCGGUAGACAGCCUGGGGCAGACUGCAAGUCAGGAACAACUACAUGCAUCGCCAAUGCCGCUUGUACUGAAGGGGUGUGUGCUUGUAACGACGGCCACAACCUUGUUGAAGCAGGAACAUGCGAUGCGGCUGGUGCAAAUACAAUUGGAGGAUCUUGUACAGCUACCUCAGAGAACACCAAAGGAAGCUGCACAGAUACAAACGCAGUGUGCUCUGCAACCAGCAGUGGCAAGUGUGUUUGUAAAGAUGGCUACGUCGGCAUUGUAGGUGGAGGCUGCAGCAUCAUGCCAAACAGAGUCGGUGGUCUCUGUAAGACAGACACAGCAGGCAACAAGGGUACUUGUGGAGACAAGGCCGUGUGUAGCACUACAACAAAUGGAGUCUGUCAAUGUCCUCGAGGACAUAAGGGCAAUGACGGCGACACUGGAUGUAAUGUAAUGCCAAAUAAAUUAGGCGGCAGCUGCACCACAAACACCGCAGCCAGUAGAGGAUCGUGUGACGGCGAUGGUCUGUGUAGCGCCACACCUAAUGGAGUCUGUGAAUGUCCUCAAGGUUACCAGGGCCAAGAUGGAGACACUGUGUGCAUCCUUCAAAACAACGGCGGGGCAGCUGGAGUAAGCAUGUGGUUGCUGGUGUACAUGUUGGUCGCAGGACUGUGUCUGACAGUCUUCGUGGUGUAGAGUACCACGUCCACCUACAGUAAAGAACCUCAUUCAACCCAGGACAAUGAACAUUAAAUUUUCUGUGUAAAUUUGAAACAAAAGGUUAAAAUAAAACAAAUUGUAAAAACGUUAAGCUUAAGGACAAAAAUUGAAAAUUGUUUAAACAACUUAAGUAUAGAAAAAGAAUGUGAUUCCGUUUCGAAAAUGUUUCGAAAUGUUUCGAAAAUCUGUCUAAACAUCUUUAGGUCUACAUUCCUUAUCCAUAUAUUAUUUACACACACACACACACACACAAACACACAGUAGUUGUUGUUAUUAUUAUCACAACUAUUAGCUAUUUAUUUACAACAUUGUCAUAUAAGCUUUACUUCUUUUUUUACAAAACAGUAGUCUUAUUUACAAAGUUAUAAAAAUAUGAAUGCAUUCUGAUUGUGAGAAAACCAGUAAAUUUGUAUCUGAUAUACCUUUUUGAAUAUGAAGUGAGCGCUGAAAUUCGUUUGACAUUUCUUUUGUCUUGUGAUAAUAAUGUUUCUUUAUGAUCAAAAUAAUUGCGAUGCAAAUUACUUUCCAUACUACAUGUAAAUUAGUUCUUCUUCAAAACUCGCUGAUCAAAGUGACAUGUAUCAACAUCCCAGCUUUUUGUCUCUUUUUCUUCACUUUGACUGAGGAUCCAUGUUACUCUAAGCAUGGGGAAAUGAGAAUAUUUGGAAAAGAACUGAUUAACUUGGUAUGAUGUGGGAUUUGCACAAUUUAAAUCUUGUUGCCUUAUAUAUGAUCUGGUCUUUCCUUUAUUUCUUAAUUCUGAUUAUACAGCGUUUUUAAGAAUUCACUACACCCAGUGGCCUGUAUUGCUAAUUUUUACUGUUAAAAUCAAUUCACUCUGACAAAACAUCAAAUGAAGCUUCUCAAUAUUAAGCAAAUAAAACAUGUG